UUCAGUCUCGUCAGUGUAUCGUGUGUGUGCAGAGCGUGUUUUCUGAAUUGUCGUGAUUUGCACAAAAGAAAUAAAUUUUCUUAAGAAAUUUAUUUAAAAUUAAGUCAAGAAAAAAAAAGAAAUAAAAAUAAAUAAGAAAUUGUGUACUUUAUAUAAUUGUAAAUAGUAAAUUAUUGUUGCUAAUCCUUCGUUAUUGUGUUUCACUUAAUAUGUGCAGUUUUUUAAAAAUCCUAACAGAUUGCAUGAGAAAUACUUCGACACCUACACAAUACAAUAACAGCAGAUAUUCUUAAUUUCGUUAUUUGCCUUAUUAUAUGCGAGACACGCUAAUAGCGCACACGACUACCGUUAGAAAUAAGCCACAAAAUGGAACGUCAUAGACCAUUGGACUCAUCGAUGUCUUCGCUUUAUUCUGGUUCAAAUAUCUCAAAUACUCCCUCACGCCAACAUGAAAAUUUUAAUUACCAAACGAUGUCAUCAUCAGUAUCACCAACUCCAAGUGGUUUAUUAGUGGCUGCCAGCAGCAGUAUGGCAGCUGGCAGUAUUGGCGGCGGAUUUGAUUUUCCUAGUGCAACAAAUGUCACAUUAGACGGCGAUAGUACAAGCAUUGGUCCAACAACUGGUAAUGGUGGCGUGUAUCAAGGCAUGCGCGCUACAACGAUCGGCACAGUUGUUGUACGCUGCGGUCCAAUACAGUUGGUGAUCGCCUUAUUGCAAGUACGUAUAUACACACUUAUGCAUCAUAAAAUAUUUUAUACAAGCACUUUGAACAUCAUCAUAUAG